UUCUGGUUCAAUUCAAUAUCCGGGAAUAAUAUGGCGAUCCACUCUGACGAUAGACAGAGAAUUUAACACUGCUGAAAAAUUGAUUAAUUUGCUAGAAAUUUAAAACGGACGCGCGAAUUAAAAGUAAAUCAAGAAGAAAAACCUCUAAUAACAAAACCUCCAGCGAGAGAGUAAAAUGAAUAAUGAUGCGAAAAACCAUGAAUGCGAUGACUUGAAUGUGCGCUCUACGGCGUAUUUUAACCAACAAACCACAACCAACCAACCGAAAGCAACCAGCAAAAGUAACACAGGCUCCAAUAAUAAUAAUAACACCAAUCAAAAGCCCAACAGACAGUUCAAUCAUAAUUUACCGCGUAUUGCUGCCGCCAGACAUUCGAUAGCCGCCGCUUUGUUGGCUAGUAAUAGUCUAAAAAACAGCGGCCGGAAAAUCCUGUCGGCCAAGAAUGAGCCACUGACAGCGACGGAGUCAUCAGGCGCAUUACCCAAUACAACCGCCUCCUCCUCCUCAUCAGCCAGCCGAUUGAAAGUUAACAACACCAAUACCAACAAUAACACUGCCAAGAUGUCUGGAACCAGUAGCAGUCAGACCUCGGCCACGCCCACACCGCCCUCGGCCACAAACAGCGGCAGCAGCAGCACAACAACAGCAACAACGAACAGUGGUAGCGGCAGCGGUACCACGGUCAUAGCCAAUCCCGCUUCAGUGACCACCAGCAACACCUCUACCACUGGAGCAGGAAGUGCUGCCAAGUUUCGGGCCGCCGUGGCCUCAGCGCCCAGCCCAGCACUGCCUGCAAACGCUCCUGCUAAUGCAACAGCAACUGCUCCAGCUCCAGCUCCUGCCCCCAGUAGUAGCUCCUCCGGCUCCUCGUCCUCGAAGAAGACCCGAGCAGCAGUGGCCGCCUUGAAGCGACAGGGGAAUACGCCCAACUUGACCAGCAAGGAUUCGGCGCAUUUGAAAUUCGCCGCAACCACUCUGCUGAUGGGCGCCGCCGCCGCUGCCGCCGAUAGCAACGCUGGCGCUGCUACCGGUGGACCGGCUGGAGCAGGUGGUUUAGCAUUAGGAGUGGGGGGCGGAGCAGCAGGACCCCGAAUGACCGUCAACCACGCCGUGGAUGUGGCCAAAGCCGCCGUGUUUAAGCAAAAGCUGAAGGAUGCGGCUGCCGCUGCUUCGGCAUCGAAUCGUUCCGCCACAUCAACCUCCUCAACCGCCUCUUCGCUGUCCCCGUCGGCGGGUAUAUUGAAUGUCUUUUCGUCGGCGCUGCAGAACAUGAUAACGCAAGACACAGACACCGAUACCGAGCUCUACCCCCAGCCCGUCACCACAGACCUGUCCGAAUCGGAGGAAGAGUCAGUCUCAGAGAUCCUAUUGGCAUUCUUGUGUUUAAGGCCAGAUCUCCUGGAUGAUAUUCCAGAAUCGGAUCCCGAUAGCUGCCCGCAUGAGGGCGAAGUGCGCGAGGAUGAGGACGAAACGGAGGAGGAGUCCGAGGAUUCGGAUGAGUCCGAAGGCGACGACGAAGAGGAUGAGGAGGAGAUCGAUGUGAUGCAAGACAACGAUGCCGAUGACGAGGAGAUCGACGAUGAGGACGAGGAAGAGGACGCGCCCGAAGUGAGUUCCUUCCUGCUGGACGCCAACAACAAGCGUUCCAGCAACCUCACUGCCCUGCUCGAGGCUGCGGCCAAUGAGAAGCCACCCGUCCUGCGCCACGCCACUCAUGCCAUCGACGAGACCAAGCAGGCGCUCACCAAGAUGCGCUGUGCCAACAGUCCGCGAGACAAGAACAGUGGCUUCUCCAGAUCCCUCGUGGCCGCCUGCACGGAUAACGAUGUCAAUACGGUGAAACGGCUGCUCUGCAAGGGCAACGUCAACCUAAACGACGCCGCUGCCUCCACGGACGAUGGCGAAUCCCUGCUUUCAAUGGCUUGCUCUGCCGGCUACUACGAACUGGCUCAGGUCCUUCUAGCCAUGUCUGCCGCCCAGGUGGAGGACAAGGGCCAAAAAGACUCGACGCCGCUGAUGGAGGCCGCGUCCGCGGGUCACCUGGACAUCGUCAAUCUACUGCUCAGCCACAAUGCCGAUGUGAACGCGCACUGCGCCACUGGCAACACCCCGCUAAUGUUUGCGUGCGCCGGUGGUCAGGUGGAUGUGGUCAAGGUGCUCUUAAAGCACGGCGCCAACGUGGAGGAGCAGAACGAAAACGGACACACGCCCCUGAUGGAGGCAGCCUCCGCCGGACAUGUGGAAGUAGCUAAGGUAUUACUCGAGCAUGGAGCCGGCAUUAACACCCACUCGAAUGAGUUCAAGGAGAGUGCCCUUACACUGGCCUGCUACAAGGGUCACCUGGACAUGGUGCGAUUUCUGCUGCAGGCCGGUGCCGAUCAGGAGCACAAGACCGACGAAAUGCAUACGGCUCUGAUGGAGGCUUCAAUGGAUGGCCAUGUGGAGGUGGCGCGCUUAUUGCUGGACUCCGGUGCCCAAGUGAACAUGCCCACGGAUUCAUUUGAGUCACCUCUAACGCUGGCCGCCUGCGGUGGCCACGUAGAGUUAGCUACCCUUUUGAUCGAGCGCGGUGCUAACAUCGAGGAGGUGAACGACGAGGGCUACACCCCGCUCAUGGAGGCCGCUCGCGAGGGACACGAGGAGAUGGUGGCCCUGCUGCUGAGCAAGGGUGCCAACAUCAAUGCCACAACCGAGGAAACCCAAGAGACGGCCCUUACGUUGGCUUGUUGCGGUGGCUUCAGCGAGGUGGCCGCCUUUCUUAUCAAAGAGGGCGCCAACCUGGAGCUGGGCGCCUCCACGCCCCUCAUGGAGGCCUCGCAGGAGGGCCACACCGAUCUGGUGCGCUUCCUGCUGAAGAACAUGGCCAAUGUCCAUGCGGAGACGCAGACGGGCGAUACUGCAUUGACACACGCCUGCGAGAACGGACACACAGACGCGGCCGGUGUGCUCCUGUCCUACGGAGCUGAGCUGGAGCACGAGUCCGAGGGCGGGCGAACCCCGCUGAUGAAGGCCUGUCGCGCCGGACACCUGUGCACCGUUAAGUUCCUCAUCCAGAAGGGCGCCAAUGUAAAUAAACAGACCACCAGUAACGAUCACACUGCCCUGUCGCUAGCCUGUGCCGGUGGCCACCAGUCGGUGGUGGAACUGCUUCUGAAGAACAACGCCGACCCGUUUCACAAACUGAAGGACAACAGCACCAUGCUGAUCGAGGCCUCUAAGGGUGGACACACUCGUGUGGUCGAGCUGCUGUUCCGCUACCCAAACAUCUCGCCAACGGAAAUGGCUGCGGCUGCAAAUGUCAACCAGGCAGCUGCACCGACUGCAGCUCCGGCUGGUUCGAAUCAAACGCGUCUGAAUCACAAGAUCCUUUCGCAACAGCUGCAGCAUCAGUUGCAGCAGCUCAACGCUCCGCCAGGAUUGCACGAGCUGUCGGAGGCGGCUCGCGCAUCCAAUCAGCAACAUUUCCACCAGCAACAGUUCAGCAGUGGCGGCAACGGCACCUCCAACAUUGUGGCCCUUGGCACCGGUGAUUUCUUAGAUGCCGGCGACCUGCAACUUACAGCGGCAGCGGGCAUGGGUGCGGGAGCCAGCACUACCGGCAGUGAGGCUGGCAUGGAGGAGUACGGGGAGGUGGGUGGAAUCGAUCUGACCACGCUCAGUGCUCAGCAGCAGGAAGGGCUGAUUGCCAAGUCGCGACUGUUCCACCUGCAGCCUGGCUUCGAGCAGCAGCAGCAGCAGCAACAACAACAGCAGCCACCUGCUGGCGGUCAGCACCAGAUGGUGCCGUGCAAGCAUUUCGACUUGGACAUGGAGCACAUCAACUCACUGCAGCCCCCGCAGAAGGCGCCGCCAGCUCCACCAGUACUUUUCCACACCGUUUGCCAGCAGCCUGUGAUGCAGCAACAGCAAAUGCAGCAAGGCCAGGCCAAGCUGAAGGGCAUGCUCCCGAACCGUAAUCACUUCCUGAAGUCCGGCGAGGUGGAGGAAUAUGUCGACUGCCCGUUGGAUCAGCUGCAGCAGCAUGGCGAGCAGGUGCGCUCACAGCCCUUGGGCGAGGAUGGCAAGGCAUCUCAGUUCGCUUGCGCUGGAGAAGAUCCACGGCUGCAGCGCCGACGGGGCUUAAAGCCGGAGCUGAUGAAGGGCGAACUGCCGCCGGAGAGCAGCUGCAGUGAUCCCAACGAGCUAGCCCUGAAAGGAGCCGACAACAAUCAGCCCGUACCUACUGCACAGGACAAUAGUGCUCAGAUCCCAGCGCGUAACUCUAGCGGAGCUAUUACCCACUCCUCGGAGGUUCUCCAGAGCACAGCCAUUAGCGACAGGCCGAAGGUUAAGGCAACCAACAAGAGCAACCGCAAGCAGGCAGCCGCAGCAGCAGCUGCUGCAGCAGCGGCGGCGGCAGCUGCAGCAUCAGCAGCCCAACACCCCCAGCAAGGUUUGCCGAAUCUGCAGCAAAAUCAGAUGGUGUCCAUCUACAAUAACCUGCAUCCGCAUCUGCAUCUUCAGCAGCAUUUGCAGCUGCACCACCAGCGAGUUGCUUUGGAUAAUGCAGCAGCUGCAGCAGCAGCGGCCGCCUCGUCCUCGAACGUGGCCUACUCCAUCUCCCCGGCCUCUCCCCUUGCCUCGCCCACUGGGAGCGCCAACUAUGUCGACCAGCAGCAGCAGCAGCAACAGUCCUUGGAUGUUGCCCAGCAGCGCAAGACAGCCAUGGAGGAUUUCCGUGGCAUGCUGGAGACGGCGGUGAACGGUUCAAGGGGAAGGAAGGAAAUAGCCCUGAACACACCCCAGCUAAACUUCUUCAAGGACGGCUGGCAUAUGGUGGGAGUGCACAACUUCUUUGGCGACCAGCCCAAGUCGCCAACUGAGACUCCGCCGGAAAUGGAAGAGACAACAAUGUCCUCGCCAACCGAAGCAGAUCGUCUUGGAUCGGAACCUCGGUCUGAGAUGAAGAACCUGGCCACGCUCUGCUCAGCGGCAGCAGCAGCCGCUGCUGUUGCAGCGGCCAACAAGGAUCAGGAUGAGAUCAGCUCGGAGCUUGACAGCGAUGAAGACGCCGACGGUGGUGCAGAUGGCGAGGAGAACACCUUGCCGCCCGAGCCCAUUGAGUUGGCUGCCGCUUUGCGCGAAGACGGCAUCAUUGUGGAGGAAGAGGAGGAUGAUGAGGAAGAGGACGACGAAGACGAAGAGCAGGAUACCAACAGCGGGGAGAUCGAUAAGCUGAACUACGAAGAUGAGGACGCUGAGGGAGAGAACGACGGUGAGGUCGAUUACAUUGAUGAGGACGAAGGCGGCGGCGAAGGCGAGGAUGAGGAGGACGAAGGGGACGAUGACGAGUUCUUCUUAGAUGAGCCCGAAAGUGAGCAAGGUACCAGCAGCAACAACAAUAACAACUCAAAGAGCGGCGCGAGCUCGCUUCCACUGAAGCAGCGCAAAAUGGCCACUCGGCUGGAGAACCUUAUCCUUACCUCGCAAACGCUGUGCGACUUCCCGCCCGAACUCACAAACUCGGAGCUGGUUCACGUCCUGCCCCAGAUCAGCAAUCUCAAGGCGGCGGCCAGCAGCAACGCGGCGCUCAACAGCGUGCUUCAGCAGCAGCUGGCAGCUGCCACCGCAGCAGCUGCGCACGCCAAAGCGGCUGCCGUCCACCAGAAACAACAGCUCCAACAGCAAGUGGAGGGAGACCAGCAAUGCGAGGACGAUGGCGGCGCCAGUGCAAGUGAGCUAUACUCCGGCUUGGAACACUUUGCCAACGAUGGCGAAAUGGAGGACAUAUUCCAGGAAUUGGCAAGCAGCCUGAACUAUCCAGAGCUCGCCGAGUUCAGCCUGAACCAAAUGUGCAAAGGAAGGUUCGCUGGCAACUGGGCGCAGUCGUCGGCCAAGUGGACAGGCCAGGAGCAGUUGGUGGGCGUGGUUAGGUCGCCGGGUCUUAUUAACCCAGGUGAUGUCCCCCAGGAUGCCCAGCGUCAGGCAAAUCUCGUCCUGCUGGACUAUCCAAUGCAGCAGAACAUCCCACUCGACCAGCGACUAAUCGAAGCUGAGGAAAUGCACCUGCAGCAACACCAACAGACUCCGCUAUCCCUACUGCCCUUCAGGGACGAUCAGCAGCAGCAGCUACACCAUCAGGGUAUCCCCAAUGCCGCAGAUUUUCAUCAGCAUCAGCACCAGCCGCUUGGCUUGGAAAACGAUUCAGAGUUAAAGCAACAACUGCAGCAGUACUCUAAUGCGCGCAUAAUCAAGGCUGUGGCUGCUCAGCAUCAUGGCCAACACCAGCAGCAGCAGCCUGCCACCAACUUUGUCUACAACGUGGAUAGCGGCGAUAAGAAUGCUCCGCCAGUGCAAUUGCUCUUCCAUGUGCCCCCGAACAUGGCCCAGCAUCAGGCGCAACAGCAGCAGGCCGUAGGAGAGCCACUCACCGAGCAGCAGCAGCAGCAGCUGCACGCCGAGCAGGCCCAUCUCUUCCAGCAUCGAACCGGCGGUCAGCGUGCGCCCACCCAGAGUGAGCUCGAGCAAGUGGCCCAAGAGCUGUUGCUCCAACGAACCGGCCAGGUGCCGGGCGGAGCUCCCGUCGUCGAUAUCCAGGCAUUGCCGCUCAAGCAAAAGCACUUAAACCUGCAGGAACAGCUGCUCCUUCAUCCGCCGCCGCAUAUGCUGGCGCAAACCUGUGUCCAGCAUCAGGUGGCCACGCAAACGCAUCCUGCCUCUGUGGUAGUUCCACAACCGGCAGUUGGACAGUACACGCAGUUCGCUCUGCAGCCUCCGCAGCAACAGCAGUUGCAGCAGCAGCCGGGCCAGCCGCAAAACGAGCUAUCCAUUUGGCCGAUAGGCACGCCUACUCCGGCGCCUAGCAGUGGCGUGGGCUCCACCAAAUCGAUGCCUGGCGGCAUUGCCAAGAAGGCCAUCGACAAGCAAUCCCGGAAGGAUCGCCGUUGUGUGAUGCGCCAGACACCAGCCGGCAGUCAAGUAAAUACCAAUCAGCAUCAACAACCCCAGGUCGCAACAGCCCAGCAGCAGGCGCAACUUCAAAACCAAUUGGCCGUUGCGAGCACCGUGAGUGUGGACAAAACCAUCGAGAUUGAUUCGGAAACGGAGUCGAAUCACGACACCGCAUUAACCUUGGCUUGUGCCGGUGGUCACGAGGAGCUGGUUGAGCUGCUGAUCAAUCGGGGAGCGAACAUCGAGCACCGCGACAAGAAGGGAUUCACGCCGCUCAUUCUGGCCGCCACCGCUGGCCACGACAAGGUCGUGGACAUCCUGCUCAAGCACGGCGCCGAGCUGGAGGCCCAGUCGGAGCGCACGAAAGAUACACCCCUUUCGCUGGCCUGUUCCGGCGGACGCUACGAAGUGGUGGAGCUUCUGCUCGGCGUUGGUGCCAACAAAGAGCACCGCAAUGUAUCCGACUACACGCCACUUAGCCUGGCCGCCAGCGGCGGUUAUGUGAACAUCAUCAAGCUGCUGCUCAGUCAUGGAGCGGAGAUCAACUCGCGCACGGGCAGCAAGCUGGGCAUCUCGCCGCUUAUGUUGGCCGCCAUGAAUGGUCAUACGCCGGCGGUGAAGUUGCUUCUGGAUCAGGGAUCCGACAUAAAUGCCCAGAUCGAAACCAACCGCAACACGGCCUUGACUUUGGCCUGCUUCCAGGGCAGGCAUGAGGUGGUGAGCCUGCUCCUCGACCGACGAGCCAAUGUGGAGCAUCGGGCCAAGACGGGACUAACGCCGCUUAUGGAGGCCGCAUCGGGCGGCUACAUCGAGGUGGGUCGCGUGCUGCUGGACAAGGGAGCGGAUGUGAAUGCUGCACCAGUGCCCACGUCCAGGGACACCGCGCUGACCAUCGCCGCCGACAAGGGGCACCAGAAGUUCGUGGAGCUCCUGCUUUCCCGAAAUGCCAGCGUAGAGGUAAAGAAUAAGAAGGGUAACUCCCCGCUCUGGUUGGCCGCCCACGGUGGCCAUCUCAGUGUGGUGGAGCUUCUUUACGACCACAGUGCUGACAUUGACUCACAGGAUAAUCGUCGGGUUUCCUGCCUGAUGGCCGCCUUUCGCAAGGGUCACACCAAGAUUGUCAAGUGGAUGGUGCAGUAUGUGUCGCAGUUCCCCUCUGACCAGGAGAUGAUCCGCUUCAUUGGCACGAUCAGUGACAAAGAGCUGAUCGACAAGUGUUACGACUGCAUGAAGAUCCUGCGCAGCGCCAAGGAGGCCCAGGCCGUCAAGGCAAACAAGAACGCCUCGAUCCUGCUGGAGGAGCUCGACUUGGAGCGGACGCGCGAGGAGAGCCGCAAAGCGGCCGCCGCCCGGCGUCGUGAGCGCAAGAAGAAGAAGAAGAUGGAGAAGAAGGAGGAAAAGCGCCGCCAGCAGCAGGGCAACGGAGCUGGUGGCGACGAUAUGCAGGGCGACGAUGACGAUGCCAGUGACAAGGACGAUGAUUCCGAUAAGGACGAUGAAGACGAGGAGGCAGCGCCGGCCGCCGCCCGCGAGGAGGGCGACUCGGGCAUCGAUCAGGGUUCCUGCUCCAGCGGCGACACCAAGGGUGCCCGCCAAUCCGCCCAGGCUGCUGAGACAGUAGCCAACUCCGGCUCCUCGAACAACAAUCAGGGAAAGAAGAGCAAGAAGCAGACGAAGAACAAGCCGGCAGCAGCCGAACCGCUUCCAACACCAACUCCUGCUGUUAUCACACCUGCUCCAAGCACUGUCCUCAAGGGCAUCUCUGUAAAGAAGCAACCGGCAGUCGAGGUUGUCAAGCAACAGUCUGCCACACAGCAGACAGCUCCUUUGAAGCGACAAGUGGAGGUGAAGAAGGAGGAGCCUUCCGUGCAAAAGAAGAAGGAGGAGAAGAACAGCACGACCAGCAGCAACAACAAGCGCGAGAAGGAGAACUUGGCGCCGAAGGAGGCGGCACCGCCAGCCAAACAGCAACCGAGUAACUCCAGCAAACUGCAGAGCAGCGAGUCCGCCAGCAACAUCAACAGCAGCAGCACAACCAACAGCAGCAGCGCCGCCAACGCCGCCAGCCGCAAGGAGGUGGCCAAACCAGUGUCACAAGCCACCAGCAGUGCCAGCCUGAACCCUGCCAAGCGCAGCGAGGUCGAUGGCUGGAAGGAAGUGGUGCGCAAGAGCAGCACCCAGCAGACCACUGCGGUGGGAGCGAGUGGAGGAGCCCCUGCGCCGGUGACAGCCGCCAGUUCGACGGCCACCGUGCAGCACCAUCCGCAUCAUCCGCACCACCACCUGGUCAACAGCUCGAGCAACAGUUCCAGCUCGCUGGCCACAGGCGCAUCAUCUUCGGCGUCCUCGGUGCCCGAGAUGACGUGCAAAAAGGUGCAGGUUCCGGUGAAUGCCAUCUCGCGGGUGAUUGGACGUGGCGGCAGCAACAUCAACGCCAUUCGUGCCACCACCGGUGCCCACAUCGAGGUGGAGAAGCAGGGCAAGAACCAGUCCGAGCGCUGCAUCACAAUCAAGGGUCUGACGGAUGCCACCAAGCAGGCACACAUGCUCAUCCUGUCGCUCAUCAAGGAUCCCGACGUUGACAUCUUGCAAAUGCUGCCCAGGAUUAACAGCAGCAUUAAACAGGCUUCCGGUGGCGGGGCAAACGCUCCGAUGGCCGUCGGAACUUGGGACAAUCGCACAGCUGCCGGCGUGAAUGCCUACACCUUUUCAUCGGCCGCAUCCACCACCUCGACGUCGUCCAGUUCGUCGGCUAGUUCCACUACUGCAGCGGGAGCUGCCUACAGCAAUGCGCACAAGCAGCAGCAGCAACAACAGCAGCAACAGCAGCAGUUGCAGCCUGUUAAGGCUUCAAGUGGACGUUCAUCGGCGUCGGCCAAGUCCAAUGGCAGUAGCAGCUCCAAGGUGUCCGCCUCGGGUGGCUCCAGUUCUCGCAACGCCAGAGGAGGCGGCGGCGGUUAUCUCAACCAGCAGCAGACUGGUCGCACCGCCGGAAGUGGAUCAUCAAAUGGCUUGGUCAAGGGCAAGACGGAGAGUGCAUCGAAGUCCCUGCCAGCAGCACAGAAGAGCAGUACUGUACUUGGUAAACCCUCGACUGUGACUCCCGGAACUCAGAACUUCGCCAAGGCAGCGGCCAUUGCCCAGUCUUCACCUAAGAAAGCCGAGGGAGGAGUACCCACCGCGGUGGUCACCUCUGCCGGCGGACGCAGCAGUGGUGUGGUGGCUCCAUUUGGACGAGGCAAACCAGUUCCUGGCCAAGGAGGAGUUUCAACUGCGGCGACUGGCAAUGUUGCUCAGCUGGGAAGUGGAAGCGGUAGCAACAACAGCAACACUAACAGUAACAUAUUGGCUGGACCAAUUGGCACCUUCAAUGUGGCGGAUGUGGCUGCCGUGAAUGCAGCCGCUGCUGCGGGAGCAGCAGCCACCGCCAAUGUGAAACCCAUUGCACCCAUUGCGCCGCCAAGCAAGCGAGUGGGUUCACCCACCCAAACCCAGCAGCAACAGCAACAACAACAGCAGCAGCAAUCCCAGCCAGCAGCAGCUCCAGCUGGAGCACAGCCACAACAGCAAUCCCAACAACAACAGCCACAGCAGCAGCAGCAACAACAACAAGCGCCGCAGCAGCCGCAACAACAACAACAAGCACAGACGGCCCAGCAGAACCUGGUGAUCAAUACCAACCUGUUGAAUGACCUGAUGGCCGCCAGUGCAGCGAACACCGCCAGCGAUAGCUUCAGUGCCCAAUUGGCCGCCAAGCUGUCCAGCACCUACUCCCUGUUUAGCGACUAUCAGCAAUCGCAGUGGGGCAAACUGGGCGAUCAAGGCAUUGGGGGAGGAGCAGGAGCCGUGGGCGAUGGCCUGCCGCAGGCAGAUGCCUCCAAGGCACCGGGAUAUAAUCGCAACAUCCUCAGUUCGCCGGUGGGCAGUUCCAAGGCCUCGUCGAAUCACUCGACCUCGCCGCCAGUGGGAAAUGUGAUCCAGCAGCAGCAACAACAACAGCAACAGCAGCAGCAGCAACAACAGCAGCAGCAGCAACCACCGCAAUCCAACCAGCAGAGUGUGCAGCAGGCCCUGAACAUUAUCACCAGCGGAGGAGCAGGUGGCGGAGGAGUAGCUGCUGUAGCGCCAGCCAGAUCACCGAUGGUGUCCGGCAACGAGGGAAAUCCCCCUGGUGGCCAGCCCUCUAUAAACGGAACCCAGGGACUGGGUGAAUCGGCUCCGGCCCAUUCACCGGGCGUUAUCAAACCACCUACGGCCAAUGUUCCCAUCCAGCGGCAUGUACCGAUGCCGAUUUCAGCAUCGGAGGCAGGCGGAGCACCGCCCACCUCGUUCGGAGCUCAAGCAGCAGCUGCAGCCGCCGCCGCUGCCAUGAUCGAUCGCCAGCAGCAGAACUUGCAGCGAAUGAUCUACAACAAGGUGGAGCCCUCGCAGCAGCAACAGCAGCAGCAGCUCAACUACCCCAUGGAUCCCUCUUCCUCGCCGUACAUUGUGGAUAGCAAUAACCUGUUGCGCCUGAAUCCGCGCGCUUCGAUUUUUGCGCAGGGCAACAAACAGCCGCCACAGCCGCCGCAACCGCAGGGCGGGGCCCAGUCGAAUAUGUUCGGAGGCAACCAGCCGGGAAGGCAGCCACCAGGAGCAGGAGCCCGCCAGCCGGGAGGAGCGGCGGCCGCACAGCGGUGGUAUGGCGGCACCCUGGAGUAUCCCUCGUACACGGGUCGUGAUAUGCUGCAUCUGGAGAACGGAGCCGGCGGAAUGGCGGGCCUGGGCUCGCCAUCGGCCAUGUCACCGAAUCACGAUGACAUCCGCAAGAUGCCGCGUCCCAUUGGCACAGAGCGUGCUGCAUCUUGGAAGUCCUGGAACAACUUCAACGUGGCCGCCUCGGCGCUGAGCAUGGAUGAUGCUCUGGCCAGCGUACUGCCGCCAUGGGCGCACGAACCAAAGGUGCAGCCACCGGGACUGCAGCAGCCGCCUCCACCGCCGCAGUCGCAGCAGCAACAGUCUCUCAACUGGCUGAAGCAGCAGCAGCCGCAGCAGCAGCAGUACCGGCCCUACAACAACGGACCCUAUCCGCAGCAGCAGCAGCAUGAACCAAUGAAUAUGCCCAUGGACUACCACAACAUGCAGGCGCCGCCGAACAUGAACCAACAGCAGCAGCAUGUCAACUUGAUGCCUUCUUAUGGCUACCAGCAUUUUGUGGCUGCCCCUGGAGCUGUUGACAUCUCCGCACACAUGCCGGACAAGAUGGAGGUGUGGGAUCACCAUGACAAGCACAUGCCUUGGACCAACUACACCACCAACUGGUCCAACUGAUAUCCCAGCGACACUCAGAAGGAGGAUCUCUUCGAUACCUGUCGAUCAAGCAAUUGAAUCGAUCAGCUAUGGCUGAGAGCAAUCUUCCAAACUACCAGGACACCCAGCAGCAAGCAGCAACGGCAACAUCAGUAGCAGGAGCAGUAUCAACAUAAGCAUCUCACUGAAUUGAACAUGCAAAGCGAAAUAAUAUUUGAGUUUCUACGUUUUCUAUUCGGAUUCUCGGCUUCUUUCCCCCAACUACUUACUACUCCUCUCACCACCUGCCAACUACUAUAUCCUGAAACCAACUAACAGCAACAAAAACUCAUGUGAAAAUUGCAACAUGGCUUUGUUCUUUAGUUUGUCGAUUCGAAAACAUUAAAACUUGGGUGAUUAUUUAAAUUUGCAGGUAACUUGAAAGUUUACCCCAGAAAAGAGAUCUACAAGAAAAGCAAACGGAAUGCAAAAUAUGAUAAAUGCGAUAAGCAAGAAGGAAAAAAAAUAUGUUCGAAACUGGCUCCCAGGCAACUGGGGGCAAUUAAUAUUAUUUAUUUUUAAAUGUAUUGAUAUUUUUGAAGAAGCAUGAAGUUAGUGGUAGCUUAUUUUUUUUUGUGUGAUGAGCGAGAGGGAAACGAAACGAAAAGUAACUUUCAUACACACAUGCACAUGCACUAACCCCCUCCCCCGCACACAAACACAAACACACAAAUACAUUUAUUUUAAGAUAGAAGUCAGUCUUAUGAAUGAAACAUUAAAUUGAAAUGUUUAGCGCCAGCUAAAAUGCAAACACAAACUUUUAUUACAACACUUAUACAUAAAUACAUCUAUAUAUAUAUAUAUUUAAUAACAUUAAUAAAGGCAACAAAUGAAUGUCAAAUCUGUAAAUUCUAGGCGCGCACUUUUCUCUAUCCCCCUUUUUUCCCCACAACAACAAAAAAAACAUCCACUACAAGAAGCUAAUGAAACCGGAAACUAGAACAAAGCUAUGAAAACGCAUGCAUUGGCUAUAAACCGAAAAACAAAGAACGAAAUGCAAAACUACAACCGACAAGGAACUACUUAAUUCAACUUACAACAUAUAAACAUACCAUUAACUACUCCCCAACUUAAAGAUAUGUCUGGGAAUGAUGAAAAUACCAAACGAACCCGAACGAAACAACCGAUGCUUAGCAGCUAUAGAGUUUGGUGUCCUUUGGUCAGAUUUAAAAGUUGGUUGGUUCCCUGAAAAUGUAGCUAGUAGAAAUUGAAAUUGCUUAAAUAACUAAGUAAAAAAACAUCAAGAAAUUAAUGGUCGAGUAACGUUUUAAUAUUCCAUUUACGAGAACUAAACGAUUAUGAUAAAGAUGACGAGACGACGAAGCGGCGCUUGCUUGCCAUCUUUGAAGCUUUUCCGACACUGCUCAUAGACGUACAUAAAAUAUAUACCUACCUAUAUACUAGCGAAUAGCAUAUAUGAAAUACACAAACUUUUAUUUCGAAGAAAACAAAACUAAACAAAACGAAACGAAGAUAUGUAAAAACACUUGAUAAACCCCUUCUUGCCCGAUCUAGAGUCGCACUACCGAUAUGCACGAGUGAGAUCCGGAAGCAGGACAAUGGUCAAAGAUGUGUGGGUCGUCAGGCAAUUAAUUGCUUUGUAAAAUUCUAGAGGAAAACAAACGAUGCUUGAGAUAUAAUGCUUAGAGAACCGUUUAAUGAGCAACCCACGCAUAACCACACACAACACAAAACAAAACAAACCCGAUUUACAAGAUAUACUUUAACAAUGAUAAUGAACGAUGAAUAUGAAAAUACGAAAUAAAUGAUAAUAUAAGUGAGCAUGAAA